ACCAACGUAGUUCUAAUGACGUUAAUGAGACGUGUGUUCUCCACCCUUCAGGCGAGUGAUGAGGCGGAGCUGGAGGCCCUGUGUGCUGAGAUCUCCUCCCAGCACCACUCGGGAGAAAGCCCCGACUCCCCCAGCCGGCCCUGCUGCACCUUCACAUACAUCACUAUGACGGGCGAGGAGGUGGAGCUUUGUCAGGGAGGUCGCAGCCUCAUCGUCAGCUGGGACAAUAAGGACAUGUAUGCGCGGGCAGUGCGGAGCCUCCGUCUGCGGGAGCUGCAGAACGUGGAGUGUAUGACGGCGGUGCGUUCAGGGCUCGGCGCCAUCAUUCCUCUGCAGCUACUCACCAUGCUCAUCCCUUUAGAGAUGGAGCUACGCACCUGCGGCCUGCCUUACAUCAACCUGGAGUUCCUUAAGGCUCACACCAUGUAUCAGGUGGGUCUGAUGGAGACCGACCAGCACAUCGAGUUCUUCUGGAGCGCGCUGGAGAUGUUCACUCAAGAGGAGCUCUGCAAGUUCAUUAAGUUUGCCUGCAAUCAGGAGAGAAUACCGUUCACCUGCCCCUGCAAGGACGGGGGGCCCGACACCGCCCACGUCCCCCCGUACCCAAUGAAGAUCGCCCCUCCUGAUGGUGCUGCAGGUCAGCCUGACUCUCGCUACAUCCGCGUGGAGACCUGUAUGUUCAUGGUGAAGCUGCCCCAGUACAGCUCUUUGGAUGUGAUGCUGGAGAAACUGCGAUACGCCAUCCACUACCGCGAGGACCCUCUCAGCGGCUAAGAAGACUUGACAGCCCUACGUCCACAAGCGUCCCCUUCCUCUGAGACACACCACUUUAAUUUCAUUUUGAGUUGCUGUUAAUGCUUUGCAUGUUAAUCCCUGCUUUCUUUGUUUUUACACAAAUGCUACAUUUUUUUUUAAAUUUAGUUUGAAGCAUAUUUUUGUGAAGAAUUCAGGGAAGCUAAUCUGACACUGUUAACACGUGUCUGCGUUGCACUGAGUUCGAUGAUGGCAUUGAAGUAAAACAACUGUGACAUAGUUUUGGUUUUGACUUUUCCCUUCCCCUAAUUUAAAAAGAGGGUUUAACAACAUUCAGUCAAGUUCUGUGAAUUGAACAACUUAACAGGAUGUCAUCAGAUCUGCGGUGACAUUAUAGUAUUGUAAACGUUGCACUGCUGUGAAGGCAACAGACAAACUUACUCUCCUAAAGCCUAACCUAGCUGCCUCUCUCUGUCUCCCCUCUGUGGGGGUGAUGUUCUGAAACAUGCCUUUGCUGUAGGAGCCUCUGCAGAGGGUGAUGUUGGAGAGAAAACCACUGAUUUCCACUGAAUUGAGUUUUGAGGUACGACUACUAGCAACAUUACGGGGAUGUGUGUUGCUGCCUAUUUUUUCCGCUAUGAGCAGGCAGAAGAUGGGAACAAGUGGUGUACAGGAUAUGAUGUAGUUUACUGCCUGUUUUAAAAAAAAAUAUGAACUUCUAAUGGACAAAGUAACUUAUGCCUAUAUAAACUGAAUACAUUUUAUCCAAGUCUCUGAAGAGAGGGUAUUUAAGUCGUGUAAAAAGUCAUAAUAAUCUAUUAGUUUAUGAAAUUGCUCUUUGAUUUCUCUGAGUAGCUCUGGCGGCAUGUUAGGGCAGUGGAGAGGAGAGGCCUGUUGGAUCGGAUACGCAUUUCAGGUUUGUGGAACCUGUGUUGCCUUGUGAAAAUUGGAAGGAGAAGAAAUUCUCAAAAGCCACUCUCCUACUUUGUUUGUGUGCUACUGCUACUGAAUGUGCAACAACCCCCCCUCGCUCCCCAAAACACACUGGGGGAGGGGUGGCGGAUUAUCUGGAGUUCUGCCUUUUUAUAGUUUUCUUUAUUAAAAGAAGAACAGGAUUCUGCUGUUUAUUGUUUAUUUUUCUUUCUUUCUUUUACCCAUAACCAAAUGUUUAGCUGUGUAAAAAUAAAAUCAAAGAAAAAAAUGUAAAUAGACUGAAGUUAUGUUUGAUGGCAGUUUUUAUUAAUUGCUAACUCACUUCACCUUAUAAUUUUAUUUUUUUCGUUUGCACUACUCUUCCAAGAAAAUAUUCUAAAAUGAGCAAACUGGGCGAUGUCUGUUGGAUAUCCCGUUUGUUGUGUGGUUAUUUUUUAUGAAUUUUGGAAAUACCAGUAAUCUUAUCACCUUUUGUCUUGUACUCAGAUGGAUUCAAUUUCUUCUACUCAUGGUGAAACAUGUUUUCUUGUGUGAGUAAGAUCGCCAUUUUACUUAGAACUGAAAUACAGCCCAGAAUUGACACAUAACGGAUAUUGGAUUGUUGAAUUGCUUGCGAGUUUUGAUUUUGGUUCAGUUCUUUGAAGGGUGACACACCGCUGCUAACGGGGACGCUCUCUCCUCUACUUGCUCCUCUUCUGGGGGAGUAGAUAAGGUUAUAAAAGGACAUAUCCAUACAAGAGGUGUUGCGAUAAAAAUGUGUGCUGUACAUUUACUUGAUAUUUAUUACAAUUAUUUAUGGUUGCAUUAACUUAACUUUUACUGUCUUACCUCUGCACAUCAGAAACGUAACAUAUCUAAAAUGGAUUAUACAGAUGUAAAGAAUCGGAUGGCAUUUGAGAUUUCUGUGUCACAAUAAAGAAAUGUCUUCAUGUAAAAAAA